AUGAAUCAAACUACUGCAGCCACUAAAGACUCUGAAGAAGCCGAGCCCUUGGCUCUCUCUAUGCCCCAAUCUCAAGAACUGCCUAACGAAUCCGAUUACAACGAAUCGGUCUCUGCUGAAGAGCAAGAGGUUGUUGAAGAGGACAAGUCUCCAAUUGAUCAACCAAUGGAGGAGGAUUCGGUUAGUCCUUCCACUGUUUUCACUAUCAGGCUUAAACAGUCUAAGUCUAAUUUGCAGCACAAGAUGAGUGUUCCUGAACUAUGUCGCAAUUUCAGUGCUGUUUCCUGGUGUGGAAAACUAAAUGCAGUAGCUUGUGCCGCCGAAACAUGUGCCAGAAUUCCAAGUUCUACAGCUAAUCCACCAUUUUGGAUCCCUAUACAUAUUGUGAUUCCGGAGAGGCCGACUGAAUGUGCAGUAUUCAAUGUCAUAGCAGAUUCUCCUCGCGAUUCAGUUCAGUUUAUAGAAUGGUCCCCCACCUCUUGUCCCCGGGCAUUACUGGUUGCGAAUUUCCACGGGAGGGUCACUAUUUGGACUCAACCUUCUCAAGGUCCAGCUAAUCUUGUCCGUGAUGCUAGCUCUUGGCAGCGUGAGCAUGAGUGGCGGCAAGAUAUUGCAGUUGCUACAAAGUGGCUAUCAGGAGUGUCUCCGUAUAGGUGGCUAUCAUCCAAAUCGAGUGGUGCUACAAAUCCGAAGCUUACAUUUGAGGAAAAGUUUCUUUCACAACAAUCUCAAACUUCAGCUAGAUGGCCCAAUUUUCUCUGCGUCUGUUCUGUGUUCUCAUCUGGCUCAGUUCAACUUCACUGGUCCCAGUGGCCUCCUAGUCAGAAUGGCUCAACACCGAGGUGGUUUUACACCAGUAAAGGACUUUUAGGUUGUGGGCCCAGUGGCAUUAUGGCUGGUGAUGCCAUCAUAACAGAUAGUGGUGCCAUGCAUGUUGCAGGUGUACCAAUUGUUAACCCGUCCACCAUCGUUGUCUGGGAGGUCACACCUGGUCCUGGAAACUUCCAAGCAACUCCGAUGACAAGUGUCACACCUGGUGUCCCGCCACUUAUCCCACCCAACUGGGCUGGUUUUGCACCUCUAGCUGCAUAUUUAUUUUCUUGGCAAGAUUAUCUAUUAUCUCAAGCAAAGCAAGGAAACAAGCUGACUGACAUAAACAUCAGCGAUGCUUUACUUCUAUACUGCUCACCGGUUUCAAAUUUUUCAGCAUAUGUGAGUCCUGAAGCUGCAGCUCAGUCUGCAGCAACCACUACAUGGGGUUCUGGUGUAACAGCAGUGGCCUUUGAUCCAACUUGUGCUGGUUCUGUGAUAGCUGUUGUGAUAGUUGAGGGACAGUACAUGUCUCCUUCUGAUCCAGAUGAAGGCCCUUCAGUUACAGGAUGGAGAGUGCAACGCUGGGAAUCGUCUUUACAGCAUGUUGUUCUCCAUCCUAUAUUUGGGAGCCCUACCUCUAGUAUGGGUGGACAACCUCCUAUGCAAACUGUUUGGCAAUCCAAAGUGAACCUGAGCAUACCUCCAACAAAUGAUUUCAAGAACCAUCAAUCGCCUGGUAUUGGAAUCGCUACUGAUGUGCAAAAGGCAUCUGAACAUAUUCCGGAUAAAUCAAAGCGGGUCAAUUUUGAUCCAUUUGAUCUUCCAAGUGAUGUUAGGACACUUGCUCGAAUUGUUUACUCUGCUCAUGGUGGUGAAAUUGCGAUUGCUUUCCUUCGGGGUGGCGUCCAUAUCUUCUCUGGUCCAAAUUUCACACCUGUAGACAACUAUCAAAUUGCAGUUGGAUCUGCAAUUGCUGCUCCUGCUUUUUCAUCAACAAGCUGCUGUUCAGCUUCUGUUUGGCAUGAUAUUAGUAAUAAUUAUACAAUAUUGAAAAUAAUUCGGGUUCUUCUUCCUCCCAUUCCUGUUAGUCAAGUAAAGGCCAACUCAUCAACAUGGGAGCGUGCAAUUGCUGAAAGGUUUUGGUGGAGCCUAUUGGUUGGAGUUGAUUGGUGGGAUGCUGUCGGCUGCACCCAGAGUGCUGCUGAGGAUGGUAUCGUUUCACUUAACAGCGUCAUUGCGGUUUUGGAUGCGGAUUUCCAUUCUCUUCCUUCUGUGCAGCACAGGCAACAAUAUGGUCCUAGUCUUGACAGGAUAAAGUGUAGGCUACUGGAAGGUUCAAAUGCCCAAGAGGUCAGGGCCAUGGUUCUAGAUAUGCAAGCCAGGUUGUUGUUGGAUAUGCUCGGGAGAGGGAUUGAGUCUGCAUUAAUAAAUUCUUCAGCAUUAGUGCCCGAGCUUUGGCAAGCAUCUAGCGAAACAUUAUCCAACAUUGACCCUGAAACAAUGGCUGUUGAGCCUGCAUUAAUUCCUUCUGUUCAGGCUUAUGUUGAUUCGAUUCUUGAUUUAGCUUCACAUUUUAUUACCCGUCUGCGACGUUAUGCAAGUUUCUGUCGCACAUUGGCUAGUCAUGCUGUGACUGCAGGCACUGGAAGCAACCGCAGCAUGGUUGCCAGUCCUACCCAAAGUUCAGCAACUCCUGCAACAAGUCAGGGAGGUCAAAAUGGCGGCACCAGCUCUAUGGGAAGCACACAGUUGCAGACCUGGGUACAAGGGGCUAUUGCCAAGAUUAGCAACACAACUGACGGAGGGUCGAACCCAACUCCUAAUCCCAUCAGCGGCCCUUCAUCAUUUAUGCCUAUUAGCAUUAAUACAGGAACAUUUCCCGGAACACCUGCAGUUAGACUUAUUGGAGACUGUCAUUUCCUUCACAGACUAUGCCAACUUUUGCUCUUCUGUUUUUUCUUUCGACGAACUCUACUUCCUCGCUAUAUGGGGUCUGCAAAUAGAACUACCGAUACAACUGGACAGAAAUCUAAUGCUCCUGCUUCUGGCAAAGUGGAGGAGAUUGCAAAGCCAGUUUCAACCGUGGCCAAGACAGAAGAUGGUCUGAUGGGACGAUCUGGUCAGCUUAUGUCUGGGCCAAAAGGAAGUGAAGAAGCACCUUCUGGACGUUCAAGAUUGGGUAGUGGAAAUGCUGGCCAAGGAUAUACGUUUGAAGAGGUCAAGGUGCUUUUUAUGAUGCUUAUGGAACUAUGUCGCCGAACAGCUGGGCUGCAACACCCAUUACCAGUAUCUCAGGUAGGGAGCAGCAACAUUCAAGUUCGGCUGCAUUAUAUUGAUGGGAACUAUACUGUACUGCCUGAGGUUGUGGAGGCAUCCCUUGGUCCGCAUAUGCAGAAUAUGCCCCGUCCCAGAGGUGCAGAUGCUGCUGGUCUUCUACUACGCGAGCUAGAACUUCACCCUCCAGCAGAAGAGUGGCAUCGACGGAAUAUGUUUGGUGGACCAUGGUCUGAUCCCGAGGAUAUGGAUUGUGCAAAUGAUCAACCUAAAGUUGUUUGUUCUGAUCCACUUGAUUUCAGCUCAAUAGAGCAUUGUGAUGCCUACUAUGGAACUCAUCACUUAUGGCCAAGGAAGCGUAGGCUGUCUGAAAGAGAUGCAGCUUUUGGGUUGAACACUUCUGUGGGCUUGGGUGCUUAUCUUGGUAUAAUGGGAUCUCGGAGAGAUGUUGUUACCGCAACUUGGAAAACUGGCCUUGAAGGGGUUUGGUACAAGUGCAUAAGAUGUCAGCGGCAGACUUCUGCUUUUGCUUCUCCCAGUUCUACUACAUCUCCUGGUCAGAGUGACAGGGAAUUCUGGUGGAUCAGCAGAUGGGCAUAUGGCUGCCCCAUGUGUGGUGGAACAUGGGUUCGAGUUGUAUAG